AUGGAACAGCGACCAAAACGUACAGCAGGGAAACCGACACGGUACCAGACGACAUCGUCCGACGAGGAACCUCAGAGGAAGAGGAGGCAGCAGCAGCUUUACGAAGACGAGGAUGAGCUCCGUCGUGUCCUCGAGGAGGAAACGACGGAUAUUUUUAAUAACAGGGCAUACGUAAACAGGGCAGAAUACACACAUAUGCACGCACAACACGCAGUUACACGUCCAUCACUUACACACGCACUACCCACAGUCACGCACACUACAACCUAUCCACACACACAUGCACCACACAUUAUCACACAUGUACCACACACUAUCACACAUGCACCACACACUGUCACACAUGUACCACAGACUAUCACACAUGCACCACAGACUAUCACACAUACACCUCACACUACUGUACCCAUAUACCCACAUACAAAUAAUAGUACACCUCUUAUUUUAAAUAUAGACAACGAGGACGAACUACAAGUAAAUCGGCGCAGCCAGAAUGCUCAGAAUGAUGAAGACAGGCAGGACCGUGAUGGACGGACAGCAGUGUGCACCAAUGAAAGGUGCAAGGAGUUGACAAGGAAGUACGACGUGAUGAUGGCGAUGAUGGCGAAAACACAACAAACGGUGGAGGAGAACUCCAGGCAGCUGAAGCAGAUCCUGCGGCUCAUGCAGGCUCAGCAAGGAGCUCCUACGAAGCCGAUGUGUCUGCCGCUGUCAUCGGUGCAGGAGAUGCAGAAUUUCAAUGAGGCUGACGAAACUUAUGAAGCCACUGUGAAGUACUUGGUUUAUAUUGGCGGCACAACCGUGAGGGAAGCCGUCAAUCUGAGCUUCAAGGAAGCAGUGGCAGAUUCCAUCGCCACUUCCUACUCCUGGCUGGGCCGUGAAGAACGUAAUUUGCCAUUGCGCGAGGCACGAAUAUGUCGUGCUAUUCACGAUGCUGUAAUUCGGAAUAAGAAUUUCAGCAGGCCCUCGCGCAAGGAAAUUGGCGACUGCCUAAUGGUGGCACUCCGGAACGCCAAAGAGCGUAUUCGAAGUGCCAAGAGCAGGCGGCCAGAAAAACGGGCCAGGAAUAAUAACGGCGAUAAUACCUCGGACCCGUUGAAUUUCUUCUCCGACGCAUCCGAAGAUGAACUGUAAGGCACCUGUUAUUGACGAGGACGUCGACGAGGGGCGACGACGCCGACGAGGGAACGAGGACGCC